AGAUCACCGGCAGACGAAACAGUCGCAUAUGCAGGAGAAGUGGAGAGAAUAAAGAUUUUCCCGUGAAGAGAGGACAAGGACCAAUACAGAAGACGAGUGCGAGCUGAGGGGGGGGGGGGGGGGGAUGGGUGAGACGAAGAGCACCCGACGCUGUCAAAGUGGGUAUGAAAACGAGUGGCCUCUGCAAGAUCUAUGACUCAUUCAGAGAAAGCUUCUGAAGUUUGAUGGAGGAAAACACACAGUGGACGACCUCCCUGCGCAUUCACACACGUUCGAGCUGCGGCUGUGCCGUGUCUCCCAUGGAGCGGAGAGUGCUGAGCCUGACUGAAAUCCCUAGAGUAGUCACUCCUCAGCCGCAAUGACCUCAUUUGCCCCCGCAUCUUCUUUCCCCUUCACUCUUUCAGCUUCUGUAUCAUCCAACACCUCAUUAUCUACCUCUGCUUCAUCCCUUCCUCUUUCAAUGUCCUCUUUUCCCCCUUCCUUCUCCCCAAACAAAACCUCUUGUCAUUUACCGGAUGACGAAGCCCUCCGUUGGACGCUGGUAAUCUUCUACUCCCUCUUCUUUCUCUUUGGGAUUGUGGGUAACCUCUUUGCAUUGUGGGUGUUCCUCCACUUGCACUCAAGCCGCAAUUCUGUGAGAGUAUUCCUCAUCAACUGUGCCGUGGCUGAUCUGGUCCUGCUGGCGUGUCUGCCCUUCCGGGUCUUCUACCAUAUCAACGGAAACAAGUGGGUUCUGGGAAAUGUGGCAUGCAAGCUGGUGGGAACUCUAUUUUAUAUGAACAUGUACAUAAGUAUCACGCUACUGGGAUUCAUCAGCUUGGACAGAUACUUAAGGCUGAAGAGGAAAGGCAGAGCGCUGAGAGGCAUGUGUGGGAGCAGCCGCUCAUCGAGCUGGGUGGCAUGCGGGGUUCUGUGGGGCCUGUCACUGAUGGCCCUGGUGUCCCUGAUUGUCAAGGCAGACGGCAAAAGGGACGGCGACCAGUGCUUCGAGUACAAGCAGCUACACGACGCCAAAGGGAAGGCCUACUUCAACGCCGUGCUGGUGGUGCUGUUCUGGCUCGUCUUCAUCACGCUCGUGGUCUCCUAUGCGAAGAUCGCCUCCCAGAUGCUGAGGGUGUCGCAGGACAGGCCGGACUUUGCCAACGCGCGGAAAUACAAACGCACCGCCGAGAAAUCCUUCUUCGUCCUCUUUCUGUUCACCGUGUGUUUCGGACCCUACCACGCCUUCCGCCCCUUCUACAUCCACUCGCAGCUCAGCACGGGGGUCUCGUGCGACUACAUGCGGCUGAUGGACCACACCAACGAGGUGAUGCUGUUGUUCUCCGCCUUCAACAGCUGCUUGGAUCCGGUCAUGUACUUUCUGUUAUCGGGCUCGGUUCGCAAAAGCGCACUGCAGGUGCUUGGGCAGCGAUUUGGAAACCGGCUGUCCCUCCACGAUGCAACAUCCAACAGCUCGACGGUGGUCUUCAGGCGGGCGUCUGUGCCUCUGGGGUUACCAAAGCCUGAACUAAACAUCUCCUCCGUCACACCGAGAGUCAGCAUCUGUGUCACCAGCUCCACACUCGACCGCACGGGACUGACUGUGCUUCCACCUGCUGGCCAAAACUGAUCCCUAGUUUGAACACUGGAGAAAUAAACACCUUCUUUUUCUGACAUGGGCUGGACUGGAAAUAAAAAAAAAAAAAUGGCAUUUAGACAUAGACUGACUUCACGUGUCAAAUUCAUUGUGUUCCUCACGACUCAUCUUCUGUGCUGCAAAUGGAAAUUAUUUAAAUUCUGCUUUAAUGCCUGGGAGACGGACGGACAAUACAGACUGAUGAGAGACACUGCAGUGAACACUCGGACCGAUGCCUUCCUAGUAGUGCAUGUUAUGUUUUAUUUGCUAUCACGCAGUGCUCUUAUGUUUCUGAAAAUAUUCAAAUGUAAAAUUAGAAUAGUGGGUUAAGUAAACCUGAAGUCCAAUGCUUUUUUGUUGAAAGAUUAAAUGAUUUGUAGAAUCCUGUUUAUUUGAAAGUAAAGAGACCUCAAUACAGA